CACGCUGCCACGCCCCUCAAUCCUGCCGCCGCAGCGGUGAUGCAGUCUUAAAUAUUCCUCAAUUCUUCUUGCCAAAACUAUGAAGAACAGCACGGAUCUGAGAUCAGUCAUGAAGUCUGGAAUAUACAUGAUGUUAGUAGUCAUUUCCUGUGUUGUUUCUCAAGAAGCAGAAGAACCAAUAUCCUAUACGCAGUGCUCUGAAGGCUAUGAAUAUGAUCCCAUUAAAGAUGUAUGCAAAGAUAUUGAUGAGUGUUCCACUAUCACUGAUGCCUGCAAAGGGGGCAUGAAGUGCAUAAACCAUUAUGGUGGAUACCUUUGCCUCCCUCAAAAUGCCCAGAUCUUUGUCAGUAAUGGGGAUGAGUCUUUAGCCCAAACAUCACUAAACCCACCAAACACUCAGGCACCGCAGUUGAAGUACAGAGAUGGAGGUGCGGCGAGAACCACACGCUGCUCGCCUGGUUUCACUCUGAAUGAGGAAAACUUCUGUCAAGAUGUAGAUGAAUGUUUCACAGGUCAACACAGCUGCAGCACAGAUCAGAUCUGCUAUAACACCAGAGGCUCCUACACCUGUCAUUGUCCUCCUGGAUACCAGAAACAUGGAGAACAGUGUGUGGAUAGAGAUGAGUGUUUGCUUUCACACUAUUGCAUGCACAGAUGUGUCAAUACUGCUGGCUCUUAUUACUGUGAGUGUAAUAAUGGCUACCAGCUUGCCAACAACAAUCACAGUUGUGUAGAUGUGAAUGAGUGUGAUCUGGUUCAGCCGUGUCAUCAUCAGUGUUUGAAUCUCUUGGGCUCAUAUAUUUGUCAUUGUGAUCAGGGUUAUGAACUCAGCUCAGAUUCAAUCUCAUGUGUAGACAUCGACGAGUGUGCGUUCUCCACUUACAUCUGCCAGUAUGUGUGUAUAAACAGACCAGGUGGAUAUUCAUGCACUUGCCCUGAGGGAUAUCAGCUGCGGGGAACAAGAAUGUGUCAAGACAUGAACGAGUGUGACGGAGGCCACGAGUGUAGAGAAGACGAGAUGUGCUGGAAUUAUUAUGGCGGUCAUCGCUGUUACCCACGUAACCCAUGUCAUGAGCCUUACGUUCUUGCAUCUGAAAAUCGAUGUUCCUGCCAGUCUGCGGGUGCGUGUCGAGGCCUGCCACAGUCUAUUCUUUACAAAUACACAAGUAUUCAUUCAGAGCGCACUGUACCGGCAGAUAUCUUUCAGAUCCAGGCCACAUAUGUCCUCUCCAAUGCACACUACAGCUUCAGAAUCAAAGCAGGCAAUGAUGGAGGAGAGUUCUUUCUCAGGAGAUUGAGCAGCACUGGUGCGAUGCUGGUCUUGAGUAAAUCUCUAGAGGGUCCACUGGAGCAGAUUGUUGAUCUGGAGAUGAUCGCUCAACACUCAGUGUUAAACUUCAGAACCACUUCUUUAUUACGACUCACCAUCAUUGUAGGGCCGUAUCCCUUCUAACUACAUCUAUGCUGGAUAGUUCAUACAUACACUGCAUCUAUAUUGGACAGUACAUACACUGCCUCUAUUAACAUUGGCAAGAUAUUAUCAACUGCUGACUGAAUGUAUAGUAAAAAGAUCUUAUAUGUGUUUAUUCUUAGUCAUCUGUGACUUUAGAUUAAAGAUCUCUGCCAGUCUUUGAAAUGAAUUAUAUUUAAACCUAAAAAAAGGACCGUUGUAAACUGAUUGCAAGAAAUGUGAUUUCAAUAAAAUCUGUGAUUGAGGAUCAUAAAAAGUAAAGCAAUAUAAUGAAAUCAGCUGAUCAGCAAUAAGCAGAUUAUCACAUUAAAGUAAUCUGUUAUGCAACCUUUUUAAUGUAAUGUCAUGGGUUUUUUCUUUACCAGAAAUAUUUGUACGUUCCCAAAAUAAAGUGAAUGACGUUUUAAUGUA